AUGAGAUCCCUGAAACACCUCAAACAUCACUCCAGGAACAAUGUGGAGGAGGAGAGUAGCCGCUUGGUGCGAACCUACCCCAAGAUGACCGAGCGCCAAGUGGAUGUGGGCACGCAGACGGAGCCUGUGGUGGUGCUAUCUCUGGCUCAGGCAGCUGUUCUCGGCCUCAUCUCCCAGAAUGAAAUCUUUGGGGCCACCAUUGCCCCUAAUGGUUUUUACACUGGGGAGCCCAGAGAGUGCCCCCCUCCUCCACCUGAGGCGAUGGAGUAUGAGUACGCUGACCAGCUGAUAGGGGCCAACGGGGACUACCUGGCUGAGCCUGCUGGGGAGCCGGAGCCCCAGCCCCACUGCAGUGAAAGAAGACGGCCCGGACCCCGUGGGAGGACCAAAAGGCCCAGGAAUGAUGGAGAAUUAGAGGGUCACCCACACAAAGCACCAAGUCCACAGGCUCAGGUUAAAGGUGAAAGACUUGAGUCUGACAGCCCCCCUUCCUGCAUUCACAUGAACAGCAGGCGUAGUCCUGGCAAGUCAGAGGAUCCAGUCACCCAACAAGGAUCUCUGAAAGAGGAGCAGGCCUGCAGAAACUGUGCCUCAUGUGUGAAAGAUACACCCAGGCCACAAACAGACAGACAACCAGAACAGGAACAAGAAGAAAGCACCAGUAGAGACAGAGAGAGGAAGGAAGAGGAGCUUGUGGUGGCAGAAGAAGAAGAGGAGGAAGCAUUAAACCUCAAGACCAGCGGAGAGACAGGCAGUCCUCUGGAGAACCGCUAUUAUGAGUCCAAUGAGGUGGCCUACGAGUCCCUGCAAGGGGAGUAUGAAGAGAAUGGCCAGGCCAUGUUGUGGUCAGACCCAGAGGGUCUCGCCAGGCGAAUGCAGAUUGACCGACUGGACAUCAACGUACAGAUUGAUGAGUCUUACUGCGUAGAUGUGGGAGAGGGUCUGAAACGCUGGAAGUGCCGCAUGUGUGAGAAGUCAUACACAUCCAAAUACAACCUUGUCACUCAUAUCCUGGGCCACAAUGGAAUUAAGCCCCAUGAAUGUCUACACUGUGGAAAGCUCUUCAAGCAGCCGAGCCACCUCCAGACUCACCUGCUCACCCACCAGGGAACCCGACCUCACAAGUGCACCGUUUGUGAGAAGGCCUUCACGCAGACUAGCCACCUGAAGAGGCAUAUGCUGCAGCAUUCAGAUGUCAAGCCCUACAGCUGUCGCUUCUGUGGCCGUGGCUUCGCCUAUCCCAGUGAGCUGAGGACCCACGAGAACAAACACGAGAAUGGUCAGUGCCACGUCUGCACACAGUGUGGUCUGGAGUUCCCAACCUACGCGCACCUGAAGCGCCACCUGACCAGCCAUCAGGGCCCCACCACGUACCAGUGCACAGAGUGCCACAAGUCCUUCGCUUACCGCAGCCAGCUGCAGAACCACUUGAUGAAGCACCAGAACGUGCGGCCCUACGUUUGCCCCGAGUGUGGCAUGGAGUUUGUCCAGAUCCACCACCUACGACAACACGCUCUCACUCACAAGGGUAUGAAGGAAUUCAAGUGUGACGUCUGUGCCAGAGAGUUCACCCUGUCUGCCAACCUGAAGAGACACAUGUUGAUCCAUGCCAGCGUGAGGCCCUUCCAGUGCCACGUCUGUUUCAAGACCUUUGUCCAGAAGCAGACCCUCAAAACGCACAUGAUUGUCCACCUGCCCGUCAAGCCUUUCAAAUGCAAGGUGUGUGGAAAGUCAUUCAACAGAAUGUACAACCUCCUUGGCCACAUGCAUCUCCACGCCGGCAGCAAGCCCUUCAAGUGCCCUUACUGCACCAGCAAGUUCAACCUGAAGGGCAACCUCAGCCGACACAUGAAGGUCAAACACGGCAUCAUGGACGCCUCGAUAGAUGGACAAGAACCCCCCCAAGACACAGAAGGCCAGGAGGACUACGAAGAGGAGAGUUUUGAAUUCAGCGAGCGAGAAAACCGGGCCAACAACAACAACACACCAGACAUUGCUAAACUAUCUCAAAUGGAGUAUUACAGCACCUAUGGGAAGGGCGCAGGGCGCUUCAGCACUGCUUGAAUUACUAAAAUGACCAUAAAUUGAAUAUAAGUGUGUACCAAUGAAAACGGGAUUGUCUUUUUUGUUUUUUGUUUUUUUGGUUCCCUUUUAUGUUAAAGGCAUAGUGCUUGGGAUGUUCUUCAAGGGCAUGAAGAAGCUCAGCAAACUGCACAUUCAUAUGCACUGGAAUCACUCGUAAUGCUACAAAAUCUGAAAAUGUAUACUUUUUACGUAAUUACAUAUUUUUAAUCUCUAAAACACUGCAAAUCUACUGAAUAAAUAUAUUAUAUUUGAAAAAAGUGGAUUGUCUAAAAUAGGAGCAUUUAGGUAAAAAGAAUAAAUAUAUAUAUAAAUACCUAUAUGUUGUCCUUUGCUUAAAAACAGGAACAUCAUCUGAGCCUAAUUUGGACAAGCACGUUUUUAGUUACAAGCAUAAAAGCGUAUGUGGAUGUUACACUGCACUUACUCAUUCAGACAAUCCCGGUCUCUCUCAGUAUACUGGGGUAAAGUAAUGUGAAGGGUUAACUAAGGAAACAAGUGUUACUCCUCUUUUCACUUGCCAAAGCUUUUCAAGAUGCAGAGGUUAAGAAUUCACUUUGAUUUAUACUGUGAUAGAUAAAAUCUGAGGUUUGCAAAAUAACUUAAAUUCCAUUGGAUUUCCAAUCCUUGUUUUAUUGUAUAUUAUUGUACAGAAUGUAUCAGUCCUCUUGUAUGUUGGCUGGUAUUGUAAUCAGUGCUUUGCACUGAGGACCACUGUGUCUACUUUUUAGGUUUCUGCAUUAACAAGCAUCACCCUGUAUUGAUCUCUAGUCUAUGAAUGUAAUUGUUUCUGUGGAAUGUUUUAAGAUACUAAUGAAAAGAAAAUCAUAUCAAUAUCCUUUUUAAUGGUAGGACCCCUUUACCAAAGAAUUGGAUCAAAUCUUGCAGCUACGGGCAAUGUCGGUCUCUUUUCCUUGAUGUUGUGUAGAGCUGGGACAUUGGAUUUCUUGGGGUCCAGUCGAAGACCUCGUGAAAUUACAUUCAGGUUCCCCUCCCACCCAUCUGUAGAUCUCUUCAAAAGAUUACCACAGAGAGCAGACUAUUGUACAGCUUCUAUUUCAACAGAUCCUCAUCAACCCCCCCCCUCAAACCUUCACAAGACAAGAUGCAGCAUUUUUCAAAAGCAAUGCAAACCCUGCAUUCACAUUGCAGUUCUGCUUUUUUGUUUUGUUUUUUUAAAAUUGAUGAAUCUCAACAAGAAUUGUCCCAAAAAAACCUGGGACAGAAAUAUUAAGUGCCACAGUGUGUCUGCGAGAGCGUGCCAUCCAUCAUGCUGCACACUGGUCUCAAGUGAUGAACGACAACCUCCCAACAUGUGACAGGGCCAUGGACCUCGUGGAAAAUGAUUUGGGAAAUGCUCAAUAUAUUCAGUUUCCCAGUGCUUAGCUUUUCAAACUUGUAACCUGCAAACAUGGUAUCCAUUUGCAAUGUUGAUAUAGCGCAUUUAAAAUAAAAAUGCUUUUUGUGCGUUUUUCAGCUUCUGUGUUCAUGCCAUCAUUUAAUGAUGAUACAAAGGUGGAGGGGGGGUGGGGGGUGUUCAGCUUCAAUGGCUUUCUGUAUUAGACAUUAGUGUGGAGAUAAUGUGGAUAGAAAUGUAUGUACAAUGUUGUGUACCAGACAAU